GUGUGUGCGAAGAGUCUCUGUCGCAGUGAUCGUCUCGUGUUGAGUUUUUGUGAGCCGAAGGAUCACAAGGAGAACUGCCCGUUGAGGAGGAUUUUCGCUAGAAUGACUGGAGCGAUGAAGGGAGCCUUGGCUGUACUGUUCUUAGUCAUUGGCUGCAACGCACAAAAUCAGCGACCUGCCCAAGAAGAUCCGUGCAAAGUGAAGAACAGGGUGGUUGGCGAUGUGAGGUACUGCGAUCGGUAUUGGGAGUGCGUGAAUGAUCAGCCAGAGUUGUACGACUGCCCUAAUGGCCUGGUCUUCGCUGGGAAGCACCGCGGCGUGACUGAGGGUUGCGACUACCCGUGGCGAUCGAACUACUGCGAGGGCAAGGAGUUGGCCAACGGGCCCAUUUCCACCGAGAAUUGUGACUGGCUGUACGGGAUUUUUGGCCACGAGACCAGUUGCACUCGCUACUGGACAUGCUGGAAUGGCACAGCCACAGAACAGCUUUGCAUUGGCGGAUUGCUGUACAAUGAGAAUGCCCACAGCUGCGACUGGCCAGAGAAUGUCGAGGGAUGCCAGAAGCACCCGCUCUGCAACGAAGAUCCUAACGGAAACGUGCCACUAGGGAAGUCCUGCAAUCGCUACUGGCAGUGCCAAGGAGGCUAUCCACGGCUGCAAAGGUGUCCGGCAAUGCUGGUGUUCGACAGGAACUCACUGAGAUGUGUAGUUCCACCAACGGAGGAUUGUGAUAUUCCCACGACGCCUCCGCCCGCUGAGGGUGAUUUCCAGAACGACAAUGAACAGCCACAGCAACAGCCUGGGAAGCACAAUCCUCCAGGCCGUAGGAAUUAAGUAGAUGCAGAGGCAGAGGCAGAGGAAACAACUAACCUUCGGAGGAGUUUGUUAAAUUAUACCCUUCACUUUUUACUUC